GCUACACAGAGGGGCGCCCACGUGCCCAGGCCGCCUUUUCCAGCGCUGCGGAGGUUUCGCUCCUCUCUGCGGGUCCAGCCAAGCGGCGGUUGCUGCUCCAGCCUCCGGGAGCCGCGGGACACGACACUCUCCAGCCGCUCACCCUCCACCGCACACUAGGCGCGGCCCUAGAGCUGCCCUUGUCCACCUUUUCACAAUGAUUCCCUGCAGAGCAGCGCUGUCUUUUGCCCGAUGUCUGAUCCGGAGAAAAAUCGUCGUUCUGGACAGCCUAGAAGAUUCCAAAUUAAGCCGUUGCUUAUCCACCGUGGACCUCAUUGCCCUGGGGGUCGGAAGCACUCUGGGUGCUGGGGUUUACGUCCUCGCCGGGGAGGUUGCCAAAUCCGACUCCGGCCCCAGCAUCGUCCUGUCCUUCCUCAUCGCCGCCCUGGCUUCGGUGAUGGCAGGCCUUUGCUACGCUGAGUUUGGGGCCCGAGUCCCCAAGACGGGGUCUGCGUACCUGUACACUUACGUUACCGUUGGAGAGCUGUGGGCCUUCAUCACCGGCUGGAAUCUCAUUUUAUCCUAUGUGAUAGGUACAUCGAGUGUGGCAAGAGCCUGGAGUGGCACCUUUGACGAACUUCUUAACAAACAGAUUGGCCAGUUUUUCAGGACGUACUUCAAUAUAAAUUAUACCGGCCUUGCAGAGUAUCCUGACUUUUUUGCUGUGUGUCUCAUAUUACUUCUAUCAGGUCUUUUAUCAUUUGGAGUAAAAGAGUCUGCUUGGGUAAAUAAAAUCUUCACAGCUGUGAAUAUCCUGGUCCUUCUCUUUGUUAUGGUUGCUGGGUUUGUGAAAGGGAACGUGGCAAACUGGAAGAUUAGCGAAGAGUUUCUCAAAAACAUAUCAGCAAAUGCCAGAGAGCCGCCUUCUGAAAACGGAACAAGUAUCUACGGGGCUGGUGGCUUCAUGCCUUACGGCUUUGCGGGAACUUUGGCCGGGGCUGCAACCUGCUUUUAUGCCUUUGUGGGAUUUGACUGCAUUGCAACGACCGGUGAAGAAGUCCGGAAUCCUCAGAAAGCUAUCCCUAUUGGAAUUGUGACCUCCUUGCUUGUUUGCUUUAUGGCCUAUUUCGGGGUCUCUGCAGCCCUCACACUUAUGAUGCCAUACUACCUCCUGGAUGAAAAGAGCCCCCUGCCCGUAGCCUUUGAGUACGUCGGAUGGGGUCCUGCCAAAUAUGUCGUCGCCGCGGGCUCCCUCUGUGCUUUGUCGUCUUCUUGGAUGCAUUUUUCCAAUGCCGCGUGUAAUCUAUGCUAUGGCGGAGGAUGGGUUACUUUUCAAAUGUCUAGCUCAAAUCAAUUCCAAAACGAAGACACCAAUAAUUGCUACUUUAUCAUCGGGUGCGGUGGCAGUCUCCUGGGCUCUAUGUUUCCUUUACCCCGAAUUCUGUUUGCCAUGGCCCGGGAUGGUUUACUGUUUAGAUUUCUUGCCAGAGUGAGUAAGAGGCAGUCCCCAGUUGCUGCCACACUGACCGCUGGGGUCAUUUCUGCCGUGAUGGCGUUUCUCUUCGACCUGAAGGCCCUCGUGGACAUGAUGUCCAUCGGCACGCUGCUGGCCUACUCUCUGGUGGCCGCCUGCGUUCUUAUCCUCAGGUACCAGCCUGGCUUGUCGUACGAGCAGCCCAAGUACCCUCCUGAGAAAGAAGCUCUGCAACCACAUGCCAACGCGGAAUCGGAAAGCGCGUCCCAGGUCACCAUGCUGCAGGACCAGGGCUUCAGCCUGUCCGCGCUCUUCAGCCCCUCGGCUCUGCCCACACAGCAGUCAGCUUCUCUCGUGAGCUUCCUGGUAGUGUUCCUUGCGUUUCUCGUUUUGGGCCUGAGCAUUCUGACCACCUACGGAGUCCAGGCCAUCGCCGCGCUGGAAGCGUGGAGCCUCGCUCUCCUGGUGCUCUUCCUGCUUCUCCUCGUCGCCAUCAUCCUCAUCAUCUGGAGGCAGCCCCAGAAUCAGCAUAAAGUCGCCUUCAUGGUUCCAUUCUUACCGUUUUUGCCAGCAUUCAGCAUCCUGGUGAACAUUUACCUGAUGGUCCAGUUGAGUGCAGUGACUUGGAUCAGAUUCAGCAUUUGGAUGGCACUUGGCUUCCUGAUUUACUUCACCUAUGGCAUUAGACACAGCCUGGAGAGCAAUCCAAGGGACGAAGAUGACGACGAAGAUUCGUAUUCAGACACCAUUAAUGUAGCAACGGAAGAAAAAUCUGCCAUUCAGGCACAUGACCAUCACCAAAGAAACCUCAGUUUACCGUUCAUACUCAGUGAAAAGACAAGUGAAUGCUAAUGCUCGCAGGAGCGGCGUCCAGUCUUAUGUGCCCUACACUGCGUAAGCCCGGACAGGACCGCAGCGUCGCGCUAGCUUGUCAUGGGCUUGCUGCAGGCAUAGUUCCCCCUAAUUUAUACUCACCUGGACAGCACCUCCUCGGGUAGAGAGUGAUGGACCUGGGGAAACCUGAGCUCUCUCCUAGUGCUGAGUAUCGCCCAAACUGUCUCUGUGUAUCUGUGUGUAUGUCGGGGAAUACAAGCAUUAGAUGUCGUUGGUGUUUUGCUCUUGCUGCAUUACAUUUUUCCAGUGUUUGUCAUGAAUUGGUGUCACAUGCUGCACAUACUGAACUGCAGAUAAUCACCAAAUAGAAAAGUGUUUUGUAUGUGUGGUAUUGUUAGGGAAAUAGAUGGCCUUUCCUCAUUAGAUUUCAUUAAUGUCAACUUAGAACAUGCUGCACAUGCAGUUACUCAUCUGGGUGUCUGUCGCUGGUCAGGAGCAAGAGGAGGGGAUGAGAAAUGAGCCUUUUUCUAUAACUUAAAAAACCAACAGUGGGUUUAGUACAGAGUUUUCUUCUAUGAGGUAUGAGAGUUUGCUAAAACUUUAGCCAAUAGGAGUGUUUGUAGCCACCUUGCUACACAGGGAGGCGUGACCUUCUGCAUGAGCAGGCGGCACCCCUGGGAACUGCUGUCUUCUCUGAGCACAGGGGUCCUUUAAGCUGAGGCCUUCACCUGCUGUGAGUGACAUGCCCCCUCUGCCCACUCAGGGGCUGAGAGAGGGAGCGUGAUCUGCCCAAGGCCCUUUAUACCAGAAGGUGGUCCCCAUGGCCAGAAAGCUGGUGUAAGUAGCAAAGAUGAGGGUAUGUUGCGAAAUCAGGGUUAGACAUAGGCUUGGAUAAGUAGCUCCCAAGCGUCCUUGUUUUAAAAGUCACUUAAAAUCAGCCUGUAGAGUCUCCCACAUGACGCAGUUGGUGGGAUGAUUCACGCUUUUUCCAUUACUUACUAGCCAGUCAUAGUUCAGGGUCUUUAACCCAGUCAGACGAAGAAGUCACUCCUCCAUUUCAAUUCUUAUGUUGUCCUGUCCGAGACACAAGGAGCUGCAGUAGCAAAUUCUAUCUUUACUACAUGCAAAAGCGGAAAAAAGUGAAAGGAUGCAAGAAGGGGAAUUUUCCCUGUUCCAAUUUUAAAGUGCCUAUUCAGAUAUUAAAGAACACUUGGCUCAAUUAGAGGAGUUUAGAUUUAAUUUGACUGUUUCUUUUGGAAAUAUUUAAGGAUGUUUUUCAUACCCCAUCCCAUAAUAGUUUAGCACUUAUAAUCUCAUUUGUUUUUAAAUGGCCACACUAAAGCUAUUCAUACAAGCUCCAGUAUUCUAUAAAAACCCAUCAAUGGUUGGGAAAUAAAAUAGUGUGGUUAAAUACAUGAUUAUAUAAAACUUUAACCUAAAAAAAUCAAACGAAAGCUGUAGAAACACAGCAGCCUUUAUAUGACUAAAUAAUUUGUUUUUAGGUGUACGAUUCUCUAGUUAGUAUAUUUUACUUUGCGGGGUUCUCUAAUAGUGGACUCUUAGAGACAUCUGUAGUGUGAUUUGCAUCUCAUGAAUUAUAUUUAUUACAAGUCCUUAAAUGAUCCCCUAGAUGAAGGCUCAGCACUGAGGUACGUAUGGGUUACGUUCCCAGGAAAAGUGUUAAUCAAGCACACCAGUUGACUGGCUUAAUCCCAAAACAAGAAAAACAUUUCUGACAGCUCUUCCGAGAGACCAUCCUAUUGCUGCAUCAGGAAGCAAGUUGCCAUUGAAUGGUCUAACCAAGAGUUCACGGUGAUUAGAUAUCAAACAAAGAGGUAGAAAGCCUAGGUUUCUGGCUGCUGGGGUCCUGUCUCCCCUGGCACAGAGCUCAGCUCUGACAUUCCACAACUUCCAGGGUGUGCGCGGUGACAUCCGAGGCCCGGAGUUCCCUUCCCGGCCUCGCGUCUCACUGGAGGGGAAGAGUGAGGCAGGCAGGGAGUGGAGGACAUCCGUGAGGAUGGCAGAUGGGCUCCUAAGUCCUUGCUGUCACAGCCACGCCCUAAGUCCCGCUUCUCUUCCAUUGUCAACCUCGAGGAGGCCCUUCACCCAGGGAACACGAGGAAUUUUGUGUAUGAAUACUUAACUCUCUUGUAACGAAAUCAAGAAACUCAUUUAGAAUGUGAUAGGCAGCUAAAAUUAUUAUGCCCACUGUGUUCAAUUAGGAGCAGAAUUUAGUUAAAAAAUACUUUUCCACAUUGAAACACUUUGCAAACACAAGUAUCUAUGAAGAGACGCUUUGUCAGUGACUGUUUUUCCUCUGUGAAGACUCAAUGUGCGUCUAUGUGAGUGUAUAUAUAUUAUAUAUGUAUAUGUAUGUCUGUAUUUCAAAUGUCAGUGUAAAAGUCGGUUGGGUUUAAGAUGAGCUUUGGAAAUAAUACCAUUGUGUGGAUUUAAAAAAAUCCAACCGAUGUAGAGAAAAUACAAUGUUUUGUAUUGAUAGGUACGCUUAUAUAAAAUUUUUAGGUUUUAAGUAUUUUGAAAUACAUAGUGAUUUUAUAUAUAUAAUAUUUUCUAUAGAUAGAUUCUUUAAGACAGCUGUAUUUAUAAUGUUUCUAAUAUGAAAUCACUAAACUCUAGUACAUUGUAACAGGUGCUUUCUAAUCUGAAGUGGAGUGGGGUUGGGGACAUUUGGGUGUUCCUGUUGACUUGUCUCUGUGCCACCUUCUCUGCAUCUCUGUCUUGGUAGGUCCAGAAAAAGCCAGUACUACCAGCUUGGGUACCAUUUCCCUGUUCCCACGCUUGAAUUUGUAACCUUUAGAACAAAAGGUUGUUUUUAUUUUCUUAGGCUUACCAAAAUGUUUUUUUUAAUUAAUCACACUUAUAUAAAAUUCUCUCCAGAAAUUAAAAAAUACAUAAACGUAUUCUCUCCAUUGAUAAAAACAGCUUAAAUUACCUUUUUUAUACUAGGAAAUAUGUUUUUAUAACAUUUUCAGAGAGAAACUUCUUAUAAUAGCACCUUAAUUGGAUACUCUUUGAAAGAGAAGAUGGUUUAUGAACAACCAUAUGAGGGCUAUCUUACCUUACAGUUAACAAGGUACUAUGCAAAUUCAAGUUUAAAAAUUAUUUAUGAGAAAACUUAUAUUAGAACUUAUAGAUUAUUGUAUAUUCACAUUUUUCCUAGAGAUAAAUAUCAGGAAAACUAAGACCAAAACCUCAUUUGGGAUGUAUACAUUAAAACAAAGCUAAUGUUGAUAUAUAUAAAACUUUACUAUUAUGAACUGUAAUUGAUGGAAAAUAUUUGUUUCAGAAUUAUGUUCCUUUAAAAGAUAAGAGUGCCUCUCAAUUUUUCUGAAUAAAGAUUUUUAAACUUUUUUAAUAAGAAA